UACAUGUCCAUUGGAACGCUACGUGAUCAAGUCAUCUAUCCAGACUCAGUGGAUGACAUGCACGAGAAAGGCUACCAAGAUCAAGAUCUGGAGUGUAUCCUGCAUACAGUUCACCUGUACCACAUAGUUCAAAGAGAAGGAGGCUGGGAUGCCAUCAUGGAUUGGAAAGAUGUCUUAUCAGGAGGAGAAAAACAAAGGAUGGGCAUGGCUCGGAUGUUUUACCAUAAGCCAAAAUAUGCAUUGCUGGACGAAUGCACAAGUGCUGUAAGCAUUGAUGUUGAAGGAAAGAUAUUCCAAGCUGCAAAAGCUGCUGGGAUAUCCCUGCUUUCUAUAACACACAGACCUUCUCUUUGGAAGUACCACACUCACUUGCUGCAGUUUGAUGGACAAGGUGGCUGGCGUUUCGAGCAGUUGGACACCGCUAUCCGUUUAUCACUGAGUGAGGAAAAACAGAGACUGGAAUCCCAACUUGCAGGAAUUCCUAAAAUGCAGCAGAGACUGAAUGAACUGUGUAAAAUCUUGGGAGAAGACUCAGUGCUUAAAACAAUGGACAAAGAGGAAUAAAUAAUUUAUGUUUU